UUAGUAAGCAGCAGCAACAGCAGCAGCAGCAUGGACAGCAGUCACUGCCCAGAAAACAAGCCUGGGGUCACGGGCGACGAGCGCCAGGUUAGCGACCACGAGUACAUUGAUACACGGCACAGCCCUCAGAUGAACGGAGACGGGGACGCCUGGGCUAAUUCUGCGAUUCCAGAAGACACGAUUGUGGAAGAAAAGUCCAGAAGCAGGUGUGCCGGGGACCAGGCUGAGAAGGACGAUGAUGCGCUCUUUAGUUCUAAAGAACUGGCAGACAAGGUGGCGCUGGAUGACGCGGUUGCAGAUGAAGUGUUAAGUACAGCGUACAUAGCGACAAAUGAAGUGUCCAGUCCCACGGAAUCAGAUGAAGUGUCCAGUCCCAGGUUCAUGGAAUCCGAUGAAGUGUCCAGUCCAACUUUUAUGGAAUCAGAUGAAGUAUCAAGCCCCUCUUUCAUGGACAAAGACGAACGAUCCAGUUACACGUACCUAGGGGACGACGAGGUGACCAGUCCAACUGAGAUGGGUGAGGAUAACGCGACUUCGGAAAUGCUUAUGGCGUUCAAACUACCUAAAAGCAGGACCUACGGGGUCGCAACACCCAAAGAAGGCUUGGCAACCAUUAACGGUGACAACGUGGACGGGGACGUGGUGGACCGUGACGGAAUGGACAUCACCCUCUUCGUCAAGGCUGGCAGUGAUGGCGAAAGCAUUGGAAACUGUCCAUUCUCUCAGCGCCUCUUUAUGAUUCUCUGGCUCAAGGGAGUCGUCUUCAACGUUACCACAGUGGACCUGAAAAGGAAACCUGCUGACCUCCACAACUUGGCCCCUGGGACUCACCCCCCAUUCCUUACCUUCAAUGGAGAAGUCAAGACAGAUGUCAACAAAAUAGAGGAGUUUCUGGAAGAAGUCCUUGCACCCCCAAAGUACCCUAAGCUUGCAGCUAAAAAUCGGGAGUCCAACACUGCCGGCAAUGACAUUUUUGCUAAGUUCUCGGCCUACAUUAAGAACACAAAGCCAGAGGCUAAUGAAGGUCUGGAAAAUACCCUGACAAAGGCCUUGAAGAAGCUGGACACCUACCUGUACACUCCCCAGCCUGACGAGGUGGACUCUGACAGUGUUGAAAAUGUGACCGUGUCAAAACGCAGGUUUCUGGACGGGGAUGAGCUGACACUCGCCGACUGUAACCUCCUGCCAAAGCUUCACAUCGUAAAGAUUGUUGCAAAAAAGUACCGUAACUAUGAGAUCCCAACAGAGCUGACGGGCAUUUGGCGCUACCUGAAGAGCGCGUACGAGCGAGACGAGUUCACCAACACGUGUGCGGCAGACAAGGAGAUUGAGCUGGCAUACCUGGAUGUGGCAAAGAGGCUGGUGAAGUAAUGAUCCCGGGAGACCAGAGGCUGGCGGUUCCCCUCUCUGCUCUGCCAGGCCGGCUGCUGGGUCCUUCUCCACCUUCAAAAGUGUUUUGAAGUAUUUUGUGAUCUUGUCUUUGGCACCAUUUAAUAAUUUAGACUUGCCACAAUGACGGCCUUAAUGGAAAGAUUGUACACUUUAAUCUGUCUGUGUUUUUAAUUUUGGGAUGAUGCUGGGUGGCCUCCCACCCGGAAGAACAAAACAAAAAGGGGUGCCACAUUUAGUUCAUGAUUUCUAUUUUUUAAUAGAUAUGUUUAUUUUAUUUUUUUUUUUAUUGCUCUGUGGCAUUCACCGUAUCCUCAUAAGAGACCACAGGUUGAGGCCGAGGGUUUAUUGCGAAUGUGAAUACCAAUGUAAAAUUUAAACACAAUUAAUAUAUUUUAUUGUAUGAAAUAAAUAAGGAACACAAACAA